CUGCUAGCAAACAUAACGGUCUCAAGCGCCGAACCACUCGCAAGUGUGCCUCUAUACUGAAGCUCAUUUUCUCCGCCGGUCGGAACUUUCUCGCGUCACGACUGUGGAGGGCUCUCCGCGAUCCCGCUCCGGACUGGAUUUCCUUUUGCUAUCUAGAGUUCAAGUGCAAGAUUUGUGCGGAUCGCCAUCGUGGGACGGUGUGGAAUUCAUUGAACUUUCUCGCAUCAAUCAGCUAGCAGUUGCAGAGAGGGGCCAACAGGCAGUACACAGCUCAACUGAACUGAGCGAAGGGGGCCCAAAGCGCAGCAGUGUGUUCCCGUUGUUCCGGGAUUUGAAAUUGUAAUUGAUCAAAACCCUAGCCUAGAGAAGAGUGCUGCUUUUGGAGUGAUUUUCCCGUAGUGUACAAAUCUAUAUUGUGUGACCUUCUUUUUUGUGUGUGAUUGAAAUUUAUUGCCUUCCAGCGGGCGGAAGUCAUCCAAGUGUGCAGUGAAUUUAUUUGGUUGGUGAAGGGAAUUUUUGCUUUGUACAUACAAAAAAAUGUGACGCUUUAUUUUCCUAUUCCGAACGAAUAGUUUUCUUAUCACUCAGGGUCUUAUCGGGCGAAAUUCAAGUGUAUAUAAAAUUCCCGUUGCUCAAACAGUUUGAUACGACUUUCAGUGCUAGUGUGUCAGCACACGAUUUUGUUAUCAGUAAGAUUGUCGGGCAGUGUUGGUGAAAGAUAAAAAUACAUGCUCGUAAUUAUCACCUCGAUUUUUUUUUCACCGUAAUUGUUCUGGAUGAAAAGGGGUUUCGGAUUCGCAGGUAGUGUGUGGCUAGCCGCAGAAGUAAUUGAUGAGGUGGUCGGUCUCGUUAUCUGUUUGAAUUUUUGAAGCAAGUGCCAGUGCAUUAGAUUGUACCGUUUUUCACCUAAAAAGUGGAAACGAGCCGAGAAGGAAGAAAAACCCCGUGAAGCAAACCUAUACGAGGUGUGCAUGUGUGUUUGUGUCUUGGCUACCAAAGCAAACCAGUAAGCGGGAAGAAGACCCCAAAAGUUUUCUCUGGAUUAAUUUGGAACUCGGUUUGAUUACUCUCUUGGCGCGAGUGCAGCCAAAGCAAACACAUCAAAUGCCUUUGUUCAAUAAGAAGAGUGCAAAAAUCUCUAACCCAUCCCCUCCCAUGACGAAAGAUCCCCAUCACUUGCAUCAUCAUCUGGGUCAUAACAACAACAACAACAAUAGCGGCGGCGGCUACGACAACAACAACAGCAACUACAAGAAUCCACCGACCGCGAUGCCCACGGCGCCCCACAUCGACGACCUGAAUGGCAGCCACGAGAGCAGCGUUACCAAGCCGCAGCUCGUCUUCAAUUGCCAGCUGGCCCACGGCAGUCCGACCGGAUUCAUCACCGGAUUUGCCAGCGUUAAGGAACUGUACCAGAAGAUUGCCGAAUGUUACGACUUUUCCAUGGACGAGAUCCUAUUCUGCACGCUGAACUCUCACAAGGUCGACAUGAGCAACCUGCUGGGCGGUCAAAUCGGCCUUAACGAUUUCAUCUUCGCACAUAAAAAGGGCCGACCCAAGGAGGUGGAAAUCGUGAAGUCCGAAGAUGCACUUGGUCUUACCAUCACCGACAACGGAGCUGGGUAUGCCUUUAUCAAGCGGAUCAAAACCGGAAGCGUGAUCGAUCGGAUUCAACACAUUCAGGUCGGUGAUCACAUCGAGAAGCUGGAUGGGGUGAAUGUGGUUGGCAAGCGACACUACGAAGUUGCUCGUAUGCUGAAGGACAUCCCAACCGGAUCGACAUUCACGAUCCGGUUGGUUGAACCCAUGAAGAGCGGUUUCCAGGGAAUCGCGCCACGCAAAGGAGGUGCGAAACAAACCAAGCCAGGCUAUGGAAGCGGCAAGGAGACACUUAGGUUUAAGUCGAACGGCAACGCAGCCAUUGAAGACGAGCACGACGAUGUAACGCAGUGUGGAAUAGAUGCCAUCAAUUCUCUGCUAGAUUCGUUCAUGGGAAUCAACGACACCGAACUAGCGACACAAAUCUGGGACCUAGGGAGCAAUAAAACCAACUCGAUGGACUUCGCCGAAGCUAUCGACGCAUCCGAUCUGGAAGCUUUUGGAUUCACCGACGACUUCAUCAUCGAGCUGUGGGGUGCUGUCACUGACGCCCGGCAAGGGCGUCACAAAAGAUAAGCCUUUCGUAUGAUGGGUAAAUAGACAUCAAUUGCCUGUGUAUACUUAAACCCGCCACGCAUCCUACUAUUAUACAUAUAAAACGAUAAUUGUAAAAUCACCGUACUGAUGAGUGGAGAUGCGUUUGGAAAUUUAAGCUUCUCUUGCUUGCCGCGUCACGAGAACGUCGGCCGCCGGUGAUUUGCCCUAAUUAAUAGCAUUUAAAUACAUUCUUUAUGAUGAGAAGCAAGAUCAAACAAUAGCAGUUUAUUUCGAUAUCGCGAAAGAUUCUAGAGUAGAGCUGACGACAGAUGGCAUAGUCGUCUGUUGUGUGACUAAUUGAACGAUAAAUAGAUGGUGUGGUAAUCAAACAGAAUAGAUAUGGAAUGUGAAUCAAGUGAUAUGAGUAAUUUUAAAUAAUUUAAUCUAUUUACGAUCAAAAGUGUACUUACAAAAAAACAUAAAAUAAAACAAUGGUGACUGAACCGCCGUUCUGCAGUGGGAGAACUUGAGUCAAGUAGAAAAUUAAAAGAAAUGUGGUGUUAUUUUAGCAAGAGAAAAAAACUCUACUGUUAAGCUCUGUAAAACUAGGCGAUUAUUAAGAUUAUCGUUUAAUUAAAAAUAUCAUUAAAAAUGCGGUAUUGUUCCUGAAGAUAACCCUCGUGAAGAAUUCAACAAUCUUAGGUUAAAGCUUGCCAGUAACCCCUGAUUAUUGGCACGGACUUUUUCAAAAGAACUAUCGUUUUGUAUUUCCAAAUUUCGUGAAAUUCCUAUAAUUCGAUAGGAUCGUUUUUGCUCGUGAAGUUUUGCUUAGACAAACAGUACCCAUAAUAUUAUUUUAAAAUUAUCAAAAUUUCGCUUUUCGUUAAUUUUUCUAUAAAGGAAAGUAUAUGAAUGCUUUCCGUUGAAUUUUCGUUAAUAUGAAUUUGAUGUGUGGAUUUUGUUUUUCGAGUGUGAAUUUCUCGGUAUUGUAAAUUUUGCACUAUUUUGCUGUUACAGAUGAUAUACACUCAUUCCUAAGAAUAGAAUAAUUAAAUGAGGAACUAAUUUUUUAUUUUUUUAUUCAAUUAGGCUAUCGAUAAUUGCAACAAAUGAUAAUUAACUGCUAAAAAUUUAAGAAACAAAAUUUCUAAAAUCCUCUUUAGCCAUGCGCCUCCAUAUUAUUAUUUACUGUAGAAGCCUUGUCAGGGGUAAUCAGCAGUAAAUUUUGACGUUUCAGAAGAAUUUUCUCGAUUAACACGUAAGCAAUUUAUUUUUGUAAAA